GUCCGAGUUCGUCUCGCACCGCGGCUCGGGCCACAUCUCAUUCAAUUUGGGCCGGAAAGCCGCAGCAAACUCUCGCUUGGUGCGCGUGGGUGACUUCACGCCGUAGCGUGAUGCUCGGGAGGAGAGUUUCUCCGCCGCGCUCGCGCGUGGUUGCCGUGGUAACGCUUCACCGAGCUUUGGCCUAGGAUGGCUGCGGCGGCCGGGGCAGCGGUGGCGGCGGCGACGGCCGAGCCGGACGACGGGCCUCUCUUGCCAGGCCCUUCCGUGGGGCGACGGGCCGUCUGCUCCCGACCCUACUUCGUCGUGCUGAUGGUGUUCGCGCAUCUCUACGUGAUCAACGUGCUGGGCUUGCUGCUUUUCGUGCACAUCAGCUCCGACGAUGGAGGGGAGCCGGAGCCGAGGAAAGAGGCUCCUGGCCCCGUCCAGGAUGCGCCCCCCGUCCUGCCCGUUUCUUCAGGCAACUUGGACCCUCAGGCUCUGCCUCGCCUGCAGGGCAUUAAGGUGGGCCAUAAACAGAAGUUGCAACUGGUUCCUAACAAAAUCCAUGUUAUGAAAACUCUCAGCUUGAAACCACUUCUUUUUGAAAUCCCAGAUUUCCUGAGUGAAGAUGAAUGUAAAUUAAUUAUACAUUUGGCUCAGCUGAAAGGCCUACAGAAAAGCCAGAUUUUGCCCACAGAAGAUUACGAAGAAGCUAUGGAAAUGAUAGAUAUCAGCCAGAUGGAUAUCUUUAAUCUGCUAGAUCACAACCAGGAUGGACAGCUGCAACUUAAGGAGGUGCUGACACAUACCCGCCUAGGAAAUGGUAGGUGGAUGACACCUGAGAGCAUCCGGGAGAUGUAUGCCGCAGUCAAAGCAGACCCAGAUGGCAAUGGUGUUCUGAGUUUGGAAGAAUUUAAACAAUUGAACAUUCGAGACUUCCACAAAUACAUGGGUAGCCAAAAAGUGAAAAUGAGCGAUCUGGUGCGGAACAGCCAACAUACAUGGCUGUACCAAGGUGAGGGGGCACAUCAGGUCAUGCGCUCCAUACGGCAAAGGGUAAUUAACUUAACCCAUCUGCCGCCAGAGAUUGUGGAGCACAGCGAACCGAUGCAGGUAGUCCGCUAUGACCAGGGAGGACAUUAUCAUGCUCAUAUGGAUAGUGGACCAGUGUUUCCUGAAACUGCCUGUAGUCACACCAAACUGAUUGCCAACGAAAGUGCUCCCUUUGAGACAUCUUGCCGCUAUGUGACAGUACUGUUCUACCUAAAUAAUGUGACGGGAGGAGGCGAAACCACUUUUCCUAUUGCAGAUAACAGGACUUAUGAAGAGUUGUCUCUAAUCCAGAAUGACGUUGAUCUACGUGAUACUCGAAAGCACUGUGAUAAGGGAAAUCUACGUGUAAAACCUCUGCAAGGCACUGCUGUUUUCUGGUAUAAUUAUCUGCCUGAUGGGGAAGGCUGGGUUGGUGAUGUUGAUGAAUACUCCUUACACGGAGGCUGUUUGGUCACUGAAGGAACCAAGUGGAUUGCCAACAAUUGGAUUAAUGUUGAUCCCAAUAAGAGGCGACAGCUCCAGUUCCAGGAGGAAAUGGCUCGAUACAUCAACAGUGAAAAUGAGGACCAAAGUGCAUGGACUGUGGACAAAUCCUACAGCAAUGUGCAUGUAGAGCUGUAAUGUUUGGAGAAUGCCUCUUGGUUGACUUGAAAGCACCUUUUUUGCACUAGCCAUUUUCAGCUCUUCUAUUCUCACGUUUCCCAAUUAUUAUGUUUCUUCAGAGAAUGUAGGGUUGCCUAUCUAGGUAGAUUGGGGAAAGCAGAAGCAGGGCACCUAAUAAUGCAGUCUGAGGGGGGAAAGGAUUAUUUGGCGAGAAGAGACAGUAACUGAGGGCAUAUUUUGAUUUAAUGGAUGGCUUUGCUUAAGGAGAUUUUGAGUCUGUCCGUGAAUCUCUCCUAUGACAUAUGCAAAUCUACCUUCAAGGUUCCUUAUCAUCCUGACUUGUUCUGCUGGAUGCAGUUUUCCUUUAGCUGGCUUUGUAACUAUAAUCUUGUAAUCUGCCUUUCUUUCCAUCUGUCCAGUUUCUUGGUCUUUUCAGGCAACUGAUACGGCUUACAUAAGGCCAGUAAAACCCACAUCAACAAAAGGAUUGCUGCAUAUUCUAGGUUGCUCUGUAGAGAGUGGAAACGGCCAGUCUCAGCCUGUAUGGGAACAGAUCAGUAAAGUGGCAUAGAUGUUAAGAUGUUGGAUGAAGACGAAGGAAACUCACGGUUCAGGUUCACCCUCUGCCUUGGAAGCCGAUUGGGUGAUUUUGGAUCAGUUUCUCUCAGCCCAGCCUCCCUCUAUGAGUGGCUAUUGUGGGGAUAAAAUGAAGAGAGAUCUGACUUGGGCUUUUGUGCAAGUGGGUGUGGGGGGAAUAAUUCUAACCAGUACCAUAUGACAGGGCAAAGUAUAUGUUUUCAGAAGUAAGCAAACUCCCAAGGGAAGGUGUAUACGAUUGCAGGCUUAAAUCCAGAGUUAUGCAAAGGGGUCUUGGGCAUGUUUCUGUUAAAAGAACAUGCAGGAACUAAAAGUACUCGAGGCCUUCCAUGGGACGGUUGUAUGCUCAUCAUGGAAAUUUUUCUCAGGGUUGGACAUAGUUCUGAAUUACUAUUCGGAAAUAUUUAUACCAAUAAUUAUCAGGGAAGUAAUGGAACAGUUAAUAUGUGCAAUUGGAACGUGUGUUGUAUGUGCUGCAGUUGUUAUUUCAGCCAUUUUACUUGUGUGCUUGAGAAGUUGUUUACCUACGGGAAACCUUUUCUUCUGUUUAGUUUUUUUUUUUAUUUGAGCCAGUAGCAUAGUAAUAUUCCUUCUGGAAGAUAAAUAUGUAUUUAGAUAUGCAGUGUGGAACCAGCAAGUUUCUCAGUUAUGAAUUUUUAAAAAAAUGUUCUGUAGGAUUAGGCUUAAGGUAUACGCAGAUCAUAUAGCUUAGGCUUAAUUAUAUUGUGUCUCAUGAAAUGAAUAGCACUUUUCCGUUGUUCCUCUGCAUUCAGUGAGCUACUGCCUCUGAAUGAGGGGCUGGAUAUAGCAGUCAAGAGGGUAAGAGUAUCUGGUAGACCAAUCCGAAAUGAAUUUAGCUCCAUUUUAAAUCUGUCCAGUAAGCAGCCUUGCUAAGCAACAUCUUGGACUGUGAACCACAUUGUCUGGAAUAUACUUCCUAAUUUUUUUUCUGACCAAGAGCCCUCAAAUAAAAUACAGGCAGUCCUCGUUUAGCAACUGCCUCUUUUAGCAAUCGUUUGAUGAAAAAGUAACAAACAAUCCUCACAUUUAAAGCCUUUGCAGGUCUGUGAAGCAAUGGAAAGCUGAAGUAAAAUCAUGCGAACAAUUGAUGUUUCACUUAGUGACCGCUUUGCUUAACAAUUAAGUUGCUGGUCCAAUUGAGAUGGCUAAACAAGGACUACCUGUAAUCUUUUGUCAUAACAAAGGUUCUUUGAGCAUCACUUGAUAGCCCUUUUGUGCACUUUUCCUAACUGUAAAAUAAAUUGGGGUGGAGGGUGGGGUAAGACUAAGCAAAAGGAGUUUCCUUUGUCUCAGUAGAGCUGCCAUUCCCCCUCCACCCCUUCCUCAUUUAUUGCCUUGAAUACAGGUAGUCCUCAACUUACGACCACAAUUGAGCCCAACAUUUCGGUUGCUGAGACAUUUGCUAAGUGAGCUUUGCCCCCAUUUUAUGACCUUUCUUGCCACAGUUAAGUGAAUCACUGCAAUUAUUAAGUUAGUAACACUUGUUCAGUGAAUCUGGCUUUCCCAUUGGCUUUGCUUAUGAGAAGGUUGUAGAAGGUGAUCACACGAUCCCACGACACUACAACCGUCAUAAAUAUGAUUCAGUUGCCAUGCACCUGAAUUUUGAUCACAUGACCAUGGAGAUGCUGCAAGGGUCGCAAGUGUGAAAAACGGUCAUAAAUCACUUUUUUCAGUGCCGUUGUAACUUCGAACGGUCACUAAGUGAACUGUUGUAAGUUGAGGACUACCUGUACUGAUACUUAAGUGUCAGUAAUAAGAAGAAAUGGCAUUAAACCAGGAGAAGAUGGAAUUUCUGUUGCACUGCAUUGCACCAUAGGAGAGUACCAGUUCUUGGCAAAUAUUCUCAUAUUUUUUUUUUUUUUUUGUACAAAGGCUGGAAUUAGUUUCCUUUAUUCCUUUUUUCCCUCAUACUCACUGGGGAGACUGAAAAAGGAUUUCCAGUUGCAGAAUUCUUAAAGAAAUUUGGACAUCUUGAGUUGAAUCAAACUGCAGGUUUUGGUAAUAGACAUUAUUAGUAGCUUGCUGCAGAAAGCAAGAGUGCUUUUGCUUUGGCCAUUUAAAUCACAGUGAGCAGAUUUAUCUCUUGUCCAGUUCAACAGAGCAGGGGUUGGUUUUGAUUUGAGAAAACUAAUAUUGUAAUGGGCCUUCUAGCCUGAUGAGAAAAUGAAGCGUGUUUCCCAUCUCCUGUUACGUUUUGACGUUUUGGUGACUAGAGGAAUAUAUUUUAAGGUUCAAUCUGGUGGCUGCUAUUUUGCCCUGGUGUCUCCAUUACAAUAUGAACAGCAUUAAGUGGUAGGACAUUUGCGUGCUUCAAGACUUGCCCUUCCUACCUAUAGCCUUAUUGAGGUAAAAAUCCAUUGUUAUUGUGAUUGUUGCAUAUGGAAUCAGUUUGUGUUUCUUCCGGUGAAUUUCAUUCCAAGCAAUUAGAAGUAACCACCUCUAAUUUUAUUGGAGCUCUUCAGUGUUGCCUUAGAGAGUUGCAUAGCGUGUUGUCUCCUAAGCCAAAAAUAGCUCACCCACCAUGUUACGUAAUUUGGCAGAUGUUUGACAGCACUCUUGCUAGUCGAUUGUUGUAGUCCCAGGCAGACAAAACCCAAACCUUGGGUGCUUAUGUGUCACUUGGUGGAAAACUAGUUAUGUAACUCUCCUGUUCUGUUAGUGUGUUUGUGAUCAGGUGAACAAGUUGCAGAAUUUUCCCAGAUGAUACCUGAAGGAUCAAUUUAAAAAGCAGUGAAAACUUCGCUCCGAUCCUCAGUAGUGUACUCUCAAAUGUAAUAGAUUUAAGUGCAAAUUAUUUCCAUGAAAAAUACUUAUGAUUGCAGCUUUAUUAUAAUUCCAUUCUAAUUUUUCAUUUUUAUGGGGAAAAAAAUAGCUGCUUAGUAACUUGUACCCUGAAACAUCUUGGGUUUUUAGAUGUGGCCUUGAUUCAAGAAAUGUCACUGAACAGAUAGUUUAAUAAAUCAUUUAAACAUUGUAUUGAUUCCUUUCUAAGGCCCGUUUAAUGGCAUCAACCUAGCAUUCAUUCAUGGGUCCUAAUUUCACAACAUACUUCUGAAAUGCGAAUAGGUUGAAUGCAAAAUGGACACCACCAGCCUCCCCAUUUUGCUUUUCGUGUGUGGUUUUUGGGAUCUAAUGUCAUAUAUGAGAGUUUUGAGAGGGACUGUACCUCUGCCUUGGGCUUCAUUCAAUUAGCAGAGACUAUCCCAGAAAAAAUGUAGGUAUGUUGUAAGAGUUAAGGAGCCAUCAGUAAGGUUGGGUAUGAUGGCGCUUUGUGACUGCAGCCUACAAAAACAAAAACUCCUGCCAGACAUGUGUGAAUGCUUUAAACAGCUGCAUGGCUUGAGAAUAGCCUGGUUCUCUAGCUUUCAGGAAUGUACAGGGUUUGUUGGGGCUCAACCACAUGCAACGAAGCGAGUGGCAUUUAAGACAUUGGUUUGUGUUAUUGAAUCAUGUUUUUUUUAAUUAUCCAAAGGGUUGUCUAGUAUCCAUAGAAAGACUUGAACUUCUUAGUAAUUAUAGCUAGUUUUUGAGUGAUGUGCUUUGCCAGUUCCAUAUUUGUAGGUAACUGGUGAAUACUGACUCUUUUAUUUUUAUUUGUGUGUGUUCCCUUCAAUUCUUCAUUUUGGAUACUUUUUUUUCUUAUUUAAUAUUUAUUUAAUUUAUUGUGUCCCAUGCACUGAUGUAAGGCUGUCAGUCCUGCAAAUAAAUAUUUGAAACCCA